AUGCCUCGCCACAUUAAACCCCCCGCCAAAAUCUCUUACAACUCCUUCUUCAUCCAAACGCCUUACAACGGCUUCCAGCCCAUUAGCGUCAAGAAAUACCCCGAGUUACGCCAGGCUGUUCAAGAUUCUCUUCAACCACCCGAGGAGAAGAAUCCAAACAUGGAAAUGGCAGAGGCCAUACUUGACUGCCUCUUGAUAACCGCCGAAAAUAAGAUAGCUAAAGGCCAGUCGGAGGAAAAAGCUUUAAAGUACGUCAGGUCAAUGCUUAUGAUUUUGGACAACCCUGACUCUCUCUUCUAUCGUUCAGGAGAACGGGCCUUGCAGUUUAUCCCUCCAGAGGUAACGGCAAUGAUGAGAAGGAGCAUAUUUGAGAGGCGCUGA